UUCCAUGUUUCCUUUAACAAUUUUGAAUGGCAGCAAAUAUGUAUUCUGAACUGCGGGAGGAGGCUCGUGAUCAUGCACGCUUGCGUAAUGCUUAUUUUGAGCAGGCACGACAAGCCUACCUUGUUGGCAACAAAGCCCUUGCAAAGGAGCUAAGUGUUAAAGGGCAACUUCACAACAUGCAUAUGAAAGCUGCACAUGGAAAAGCUCAAGAAUCUAUUUACCGUCAGAGGAACCCUGUUGGUCCAGAGAUGCAAGGUAAUGGGAGGGGGCACCAGAGAAUGAUAGACCUGCAUGGUCUGCAUGUAAGUGAGGCUAUUCACGUGCUGAAACAUGAACUGAGUGUGCUUAGAAGCACGGCCAGAGCCGCGGAGCAGCGUCUACAGGUUUACAUCUGUGUUGGCACCGGCCACCACACCCGGGGCUCGCGCACUCCGGCUAGACUUCCGAUAGCUGUACAGCGAUAUCUACUUGAAGAAGAAGGCCUUGAUUUCACCGAACCACAGCCAGGUCUGAUUCGGGUGAUGAUAUACUGAACCAGGGAGGUAUACAAGUUUCUGACACAGUAAAAAUCCAUCAUGAACACAUAGACAUUGUUGUAGUCAUUCUUGUAUCUGUAUAUGGGAGGAAGUAAGCCAAAAAAAGGAAAAGCAAAAAGGGUUGAAAAAAGGGAGAAAAAGGUUAGAGAAGUAAAGAGAUGGGUUGUAGAAGAAUUGUAGCAUUGAAGGUUUGUGUGAGGCAUCUCAUCACAUUAGUCAGUCAGCAGCAGCAGGGACUAUUUCAGCAUUACCUUUUGUUAAUUUUGUACCCUAAUUUUCAUUUCUUUGUUAAAUUUCUUUUUCAUUCAGAUAUAACGGAUAGAACUCAAUUACAUGAUAGAAUCACUCUGCCAAUUAGAUUCAAUGCCAAUUUAUUUACAGCUCAAACUUCAA